AAGGCAGGGAGUGUGUAAAUUGUGGGGCUACCUCAACCCCUCUGUGGAGAAGAGACGGCACCGGGCACUAUUUGUGUAAUGCCUGUGGACUCUAUCACAAAAUGAAUGGGCAGAACCGGCCCCUGAUCAAACCCAAGAGAAGGCUGUCUGCAGCCAGGAGGGCAGGCACGUCCUGUGCAAACUGUCAGACCACCACUACCACCCUGUGGAGGAGAAAUGCCAACGGUGAUCCCGUCUGUAACGCCUGCGGGCUCUACUACAAGCUGCACAAUAUUAACAGACCCCUGACUAUGAAGAAAGAAGGAAUUCAGACCAGAAACCGAAAAAUGUCUAGCAAAUCCAAAAAGUGCAAAAAGGUCCAUGACAACCUUGAAGACUUUCCCAAGAGCAGCUCCUUUAACCCCGCCGCCCUCUCCAGACACAUGUCCUCCAUCAGCCACAUUUCACCUUUCAGUCACUCCAGCCACAUGCUGACUACACCGACACCGAUGCAUCCUCCAUCCAGCCUCUCCUUUGGACCUCACCAUCCUUCCAGUAUGGUCACUGCCAUGGGUUAGCGAGAGACUCCCCUGCUGAAUGCUUACAGUCUCAAAAUGAGAUUUACUUUAUAUACUUGCAUUUUUGCAGGCGUGUGGUUAUGGGUCUGACGUCCCAAAUCAAAUGGGAGGGGGAAAAA